AUGGCGGAUGAUGAUAUUGACGUUGAAGGCGAAUUCGAUUUGAAAACUGAAUUGGGUGAUGAAUUUUAUGACACAAAUGAACUGCCAUCCAAAAGUGCCAACCUGCUUCCUGAAUUUACUAGUCCAGCAUGGAUGCUUGAGCAGGGCUGGACACUGGACAGUUGUAUGGAUGAGAAGUCGAAGGCUACCAUAGAGAAGAUGCUGCUGGAGGAGCAACAAUACAUGUAUGGGAGGAAGAGCUCCAGGUACUUAAACAUGAAGAAGAGUGCGCUUCUCGCUGCUUCUGGCAGUAGCAAGGGUGCCAGUCCUAAUAAAUGUCCUUGGACACCAGAGGAGAAAAGUACAUUCUUGAAUGGUUUGGGUAUUUAUGGACGGAGUUGGAGCAAAAUUGCCAACCUGAUACCUACAAGAACAAGUCUGCAAGUGAAGAACUAUGCUCAACAGUACAUGAAGAAUUUAGUUAAAAAGAAAACUGAAAUUGAGAAAAGCCAGUUAGAGGCAUUGAAGUCAAUGACAGAGACUCCACUGUUCACCACAACACCACUUUCUCUAGCUGCAACUGUCGCUAGCGUUACCACCGGCCAACCAACCAUCAGUGUAGCAACAUCUUCAGUUAGUGAAAUCAGUAACAACAUCAGUGAUUGCUCACUUAACACAACUAAUACCGUGUCAGAUGUUCGCUCAAGUACCUUAAAGGCUAAACGGCCUGUCACACCACUCAAAAAGAAUCUGUCCUCUGUGGCAGGUACAAGCCAAACAGCAGAAGUAAAGCCGCAUAAACAGACAGCUGGAAGUAGAAAACACAUAAAGGUUCAAAAGAAGCUGCAUUCUUCAACUCAUAAUGGCGUUGUUGCUUAUGCAGAUGUUUCAGAAAUGGGAGGAGGUAAUCAGGAGACAGAACUGAUCACAUUUGCAGCCAGUAAGUUUCGACACAAAGGAAUCCGUCCAGACAAUUGGAGCUGUAUAUCUGAUUGUGGGUCAGCAGUGAACGGUUCUAGUGUUGGCAGCAGCUCCAGCUCAUCCACAGAACCGAAGACCUCCAGUGGCGAGGAUGAGGAUGUUGAGGUAGAUAUAGACAUUGAAGAUGAUGACAGUGAAAACGCUGUGUUGCUGAGUCGAUCAGCAUCUCCGAGUUCUGUUUACCAACAGUUGCUGAAAUCUGCGGACAUAGAGCAGGAGCAGCUUUCAAAGGGUCAUAUGAAGUUAGGAACACCUGGGCCUGCCAGCGUGGAAGGCUCAGAUGUUGAGGAGCCCGCCUGCAGUCCUGAUGAGUCUAGUCAUAGUUCAGAUAAGAUUGACUCACCAGAGGACGGCGUUGUAAAAAGUGAGCACUCUUUGGAAGACUUCAGUAAGGAAAAACAGGAGGAUGAAGAAGAUCAGGUGAAGACAGAAUCUAUAGGUAAGUAUGUGUCUUUCAAUGGAGUAGUAGCUGCAUCAGGAGAGGUGAUAGAAUUUGACAUUCCAGUAGAGGAGAAGCUGUUUCAUCCCAUGAUGAUCACAGAGGAGGAAAAGAGGGUGCAUGCGGAUUUCUUCGAUGGCAGACCUCCAAAGACUCCAGAGCGCUACCUCAAGAUCAGAAGCUAUAUAAUAGAUUGUUGGUUGAAGAGCAAGCCAGUCUACCUGAACAAGACUUGCAUCCGGCCAGGACUCAAGAACUGUGGUGAUGUCAACUGUAUUGGCCGAAUUCAUUCUUACCUGGAGUGUGUGGGAGCCAUCAACUUUGGCUGUGAACAAGCAGCCUAUAGAAACCCGCACAGAACAGUUAGUGGCAGCACCAACAGCAGGGUGCGAGGCAUGAAUAAAGAACUGAUAUCAUCACUUCCUGUGUCAAAGUCAGAAUCAACACGGCCCAGGAAACGCAGAAUCAAGGAUGAGACAGGUCUGUGGGUGGAUGAGAAGGAGCUGGAGGGAAAGACAGUCGAACAUAAUAGCGAAAGAAAGAAGUCAGAUGUCAACCGAAGGGCUAGAGUUGCACGCGCUUCAAAGGUGACCUAUGACCCUUUCAAACUUGUGCCUUGCCAGCCUUUCUCCGAGGGAUUUUUGGCCCCAUAUAAGAUUGACAUUUUCAACACUGCCCUGGCAACCAUGGACAUUCAUGCUCACAUUUCGAAGACUGAGGUGAUUGGAAUGUUGGGUGGUCAGUUUUGUGCGGAGACUGGACAGCUGACCAUCAGCAUGGCGGUUCCCUGUAAAAGUAUGAGCACUGGGAUGCAGUGUGAGAUGGACCCAGUAUCACAGACUUUGGCCAGUGAGCAGAUAGAAGAUGUGGGAAUGUCUGUGGUGGGUUGGUACCACUCACAUCCAACAUUCAGCCCUGACCCGUCCUUGAGGGACAUCGAGACACAGCAGAAGUUUCAGUACUGGUUCUCCAAGGGAGGCAAUCAUUUUGUUGGCAUCAUCAUUAGCCCCUACAACACUUGCAGCCCACAUGCGUACUCCGACAUCCAAUGUCUGACCGUCAGCAAGACACAGAGUACCCAGUAUCCUUGCAAUCUGCCCUUCAAGUUUGAUUACAAGAUCAUCUACAGGGAAAACCUGAGGGAAAUUCUGGGCCCUGCCAGUGAGUUGGCAGAGAAGUACUCCAACUAUGUCAACCGAGUCAUGCUGUCCUGCCAGUACAAAUCUUCCCUUGGGAUCACAUGUCUUUCGAAGAUGUUGCAGUCAGUGAAGCGUCACCUGAUUCCACCAGAUGAUGAUGUUGCAUUGAUUGAUGUAGUUGCAACAACAGCCGCUGGCGUAAAUACAGCUGCUAGUGAACAUAAUCCCCAGGCCUCAGAAUCUACCUCAGCCCCAUCACCUGCCACCAUCCCCUCGUCAACAUCAAGCCUGACAGCAAGAGUCCCACAGACAGUCUCUAAACAUAAGAUUGAAGAAGUCCUGCAAUGGUUGGAGCAGAUCUUUCUGGAAAAGUUCUCACAGUCGACUCCCAGGUCACCGCCCAUGAGCAGUUUGUCUAGUUCACCUCGCCUGCCAGCUUCUGAAAUAGAUCAUCCACCUUUGGUUUAG